GAAGAAGAAAGAUCCGCACAUGAUCUGAAAACUUCCGAUCAAGACCCAGCUAACUGGAGAAACGAGAAAUAUCUGCUUCAUCUUUAUUCAUGCCAUGAGUUGAAGGAUGAUGGCGUUUGUUAAAGAGCUGCUCGUGGAUUCACUGAAGGAGCUGGUACAAGCUGAACUGAAGGAGUUUCAUUGGCGCUUAAUGAAUGCAUAUCAUAAGCAUAUCUCAAAGUCUGAAAUGGAGAAGGCAGAUGUAUUAGACACAGUAGAUAAGAUGGUGGUGUGUUUUGGACCAGAUGAAGCUGUGAAGGUCACGGUAGACAUCCUGAGAAAGAUGAACCAAAAUGAUCUGGUUGAUCAGUUGGUGAAAGAACACAAACAAGCUCAGACUGGGGACAAUGUGAAUAUAUCUGUUGAGGUUGGAGAGCUGCAAAACUUUUUGGAAACUCACAAAACAAACAUGAAGGAGAAAACAGAAUAUAUUUUUGAGGGCAACAAAGACAAUGAAGCACAACUCAAGGCUGUUUACACUGAACUGUUCAUCACAGAGGGAGAUAUGAAAGAUGUUAAUCACGAACAUGAGAUUCUGAAGAUUGAUGAUGCCUUCAAGAACAAAAAAACACAGAACAAACCAAUCAGAUAUAAUGAUAUAUUUACUGAACUGAGGAAAAACAAUGACAAAAAGAUUGUGCUGACUAAAGGAGUCGCUGGAAUUGGAAAAACAGUCUCCGUGCACAGGUUCAUCCUGGACUGGGCAGAAGGAGAAUCUAACCAGGAUAUACACUGUGUGUUCCUGCUUUCAUUCAGAGAGAUUAACUUAAUGACAAAUGAAGAUUUCAGUCUUCAUGAGCUUCUGCUGGAAUUUUAUCCUGAACUGAAGGACUUGGAGAAAUCAAAGCUAUAUACAGAAUGUAAGCUAGCAUUUAUAUUUGAUGGACUUGACGAGAGUCGCCUGCCUCUAAAUUUUAAAAGUAGAUCACUGAACACUGUUGAGAAAAAAGCAUAUGUGGAUGUGCUCUUUACAAGUCUGGUCAAAGGGACUCUGCUUCCAUCAGCACUUGUCUGGGUGACAUCACGACCAGCAGCAGCCAAUCAGAUUCCUCCACGGUAUGUGGGUUUAUUCACAGAAGUGCAAGGAUUCACUGACCAGCAGAAAGAGGAGUACUUCAGAAAGAGAUUCACAGAUGAGAGUCUGUCCACCAGAAUCAUUUCACACAUUAAGACGUCUCGUAGUCUCUACAUCAUGUGCCACGUUCCGGUGUUCUGCUGGAUCACAGCCACAGUACUUCAGGAUAUUCUCACUGAGAACAAUGAAGAGAACAUCAGCACAACACUCACUGAAAUGUACAUUCACUUCCUGCUGAUACAGACGGACAUGAAGAACCAGAAAUAUGAUGAACAAGAAGAAAGAGAAUGUAUAGAGUGCUUACAAUUAAAUAAAGAGAUUAUUUUAAAGUUAGCUAAAUUAGCAUUUGAACAACUAAAGAAGGAAAACAUUGUGUUCUAUAAGGAAGAUCUAAAAGCAUGUGAUAUUGAUGUGAGUAAAGACACUGAGCCCACAGGAAUGAUUGCUGAGAUCUUCAGAAGGGAACACAGACUUCAUGGAGCAAAGGUCUUCUGCUUUGUGCAUCUGAGUGUUCAAGAGUUUCUCGCUGCAUUGCAUGUGUUCAUCUGCUAUCUGAACAAGAACAUGCAGGAGCUUCAGUUUUUCUUUGAUGGGCCAGAAGAAAAUGUGACAUUAGAAAAGUUACUGCAGAAGGCCAUUGAUAAAGCCAUGGAGAGUCAGAUAGGACAUCUGGACCUGUUCCUGCGUUUUCUGAUGGGAAUUGCACUGGAAUCCAGUCAAAACCUGCUCAAAGGCCUGAUCACACAUGCUGAAGACACCACAAAGAUCAUCAUAAACAUAAGUGAAUACAUGAAAAAAAAACAAAACGAGUACAUUAUUUCAGAUGAAGCUCUAGUAAACUUAUUGUACUGCUUACUUGAGCUCAAAGAUAACUCAUUAAAUGAAGAAAUCCAGAAAUACCUCAGUUCAGAUGAACAUCCAGGAAGAGAUCUCUCAUCUUCAAUGUGUACAGUGCUGACCAACAUACUGUUGAUGUCAGAGAAGGUGCUGGAUGAGUUCAACCCAAAGAGGUUCACAUCAGAACAAUCAGACUACAAGAGACUCAUUCCAGCUGUGAGAUGCUGCAGAAAAGCCCUAUUUGACGGCUGUGGUUUUGAUGAAACAUGCUGUGAAACUGUGUCUUCUGCUCUACAAUCAUCAAAUUCUCAUCUGAUAGAGCUGGACCUGAGCAGCAAUCACCUGCAGGAUUCAGGAGUGAAGCUGAUUUAUGAUGGACUGAAGAGUUCACACUGUCGACUGAACAUACUGAGGCUUUGUGGCUGUAGUCUCACUUCUCAGUCCUGUGAAAGAUUGUCAUUAUCCCUACAAUCAUCAAACUCUGUCCUGAGAGAGCUGGACCUGAGUAACAAUGACCUGCAGGACUCAGGAGUAAAGCUUCUGUAUGAUGGACUGAAGAGUCCAAACUCUAAGAUGGAGAUUUUAAGAUUUUCCACAUGUAAUCUCACUGCGCAGUCUUGUGGGAGUUUGUCAUCAGUUUUAGAAUCAUCAAACUCUGUCCUGAAAGAGCUGGACCUGAGUAACAAUGACUUGCAGGACUCAGGAGUAAAGCUUCUUUCUGAUGGACUGAAGAGUCCAAACUGUAAGCUGGAGAUACUGAGGUUUUCUGGCUGUAUGGUGACAGAGAAAGGCUGUUAUUAUGUGUCUUCAGCUUUGAGUCCACUGAACAAACUCAAAGUUGAUCAUGGAGGAGAAUCCAGGAUUACAGCAGGACUCAAGAAAUAUGCAUGUUUUCUCACACUGGAUCCAAACACAGCGCACACUGAUCUCCGUCUGUCUGAGGAGAACAGAAAGGUGACGUAUGUGCUUGAGUCUCAGUCAUAUCCUGAUCAUCCAGAGAGAUUUAAUGAUGUUUAUCAGGUGUUGUGUAGAGAGAGUGUGUGUGGACGCUGUUACUGGGAGAUCGAGUGGAGUGGAGGUGUGUCUAUAUCAGUGUCAUAUAAGAGCAUCAGCAGGAAGGGAGGUGAUGACUGUGUGUUUGGAAAUAAUGAUCAGUCCUGGAGUUUGGACUGCUCUCCUGACGGUUACUCAUACAGACACAAUAACAGAGAGAUUAAUUUCCCUGUACAGCCCAUCAUCAUCAUCAGAAGAAGAAGAUCAGGAGUGUCUGAUAAUAUCAGAAGAACAGGAGUGUAUGGUAAUAUCGCUAGAGUAGGAGUGUAUGUGGAUGAGUUCGCAGGAACUCUGUCCUUCUUCAGCGUCUCUGACUCAAUGAGACUCAUCCACACAGUCCAGACCACAUUCACUCAGACACUCUGUCCUGGGUUUACCGUUUAUUAUGGAUCAUCUGUGAAACUGUGUUGAUGAAUCAGAAGAGACUGAUGAGAUUCUACCCAGAAUGCUUUGAGCUGUGUAAUGAAACAGUAAUGGUGAGAUAUUAUGAGCCUCUUCAUGACAUUAAUACCGCAGCACAAAAGUGAUAUAUAAAUAGAUAUAAAUGCCAAAAUAAAUGUGUCAGAGAUAAAAGGUUACUGGUAUCCAACUGCCAGUAAUCAAAUUAGAUUUACUUGACAGUAAUAGCUUUACUGUAUAUUACUAUCAGUAUCAGUACAGUAGAGUUUAUUUUCAUUUAUUGAAAAAUGUUUUACCUGUAAAAAUAUAAAAAUAAACAAUUUUAAUUGUGGGACAGAACUGCAAACCAUCACAACCCCCCCAAAAUCAUAACAACUCAUUAAUUUAAAUUAGACAGAGGUCCUGAAACACUGCCACACUCUCUAGCAUCAUUGUCUGCAGUAUCGCAAAGAUGCCCAUGGUGGUCUUCUCAGUGGCACUCUGUAAAAGAUCUUCCGUGUCCUAAAGAUGAAUAUGUAUUUAACAUGUGAACAAGAAAUAUGUACCUUACUAGUCAAAUCAUUUUUAGAAAAUGGCAGUGCUUACAGUGACCCCAAUCUACUAUCUUGUCCUAUUAAAAGGCAUAAUGCAAAUUAUUUUAAAGAAAGGUCCAUCAUUUGUUAUUUUACAUUAUGUUUAACUUAAGAACUACAAAAAUGCUGUUAUCCUUAUGAAAACUGUUUAUUCAAGAGUGCUAUUAGUAUACUUAUUUUAAACUUAAAAUAGGAAAGUAUACUCUUAGUUUACUUUUUAUGUACAUCUCAGAAAUAUGCUUAAAAUUACAUAAGUAUACUUAACUUAUACUUAGUAUAUAAUAUAUUUAUUAUAUACUUUUAUAUUUAUUUAUAUUUAUACUUUAUAUUAUAACUUCCGUACACAAUUUCCAAAACACAAGCAAGGAAGAAACAUUCUUCCAACAGCAUAAAACAGCAUCAAAACUCUGACUCUGACUGACAAAAAAAUGUUAUGGAAUAAAAUGUUGAUCCAUGAAGAGAAUAAUGACGGACAAACUUUGGGCUGUUGAUCGACUUCAUCUGCAUUUUGUUUAUCAUUAUGAAUCCAUUCCAUUCUAUUCCAUUUUUUAGCUUUUUGUUCAAAUAUUCGUAUAACAACAUAUAUACAAAUGAAUACCUAGAUGUAACCCGUAUUAACUGCCGUUAAUAUGGAUUUAAAUAAAGGCGUAAUCGACAUCGCUGAUGAAAAAUAGCGAUGGUCUCUUUAAGAAUGAGUGGCAGCAGUGAGUCAAGCCCCGCCUAUCUUUUCUUGGUAGAGCUCAUCAGAGAGAAAAUUCUCGAUUCUCUUAGAGUGGGAAGAGGCAGCUACAAGAAGCGAUCUCCUAAUCCUUCUUUGUAAGUGACUUAAUUAGGGAAAAAUUAUCAGAUAUUACAGAAAUCGUGAUUUCUGAAGCUGAAAUUCUAAUGUGAAAGAUUUACAGAACUGCAGAGUUAAAAAGUGCCACAAAAGAACUCCUUGAAUAUAUUUAUUUAUCCCUUGGUGAGAUUGAUUUAAAUGUCUUGAUAAAACUUGAUAUCU